AACGAGUUAAAAUAAACGAGCCUCUUCCUAGACCAGCCUUUAUGGAGGGGAAGAGGGUGGCUUGAAAGGCUUCCUUUCCUUGCCUUUAUUACCCUCUCCUCCAGGGAAGGCCAUCUGGUUUUUCCAGGCUGAGCAGAUUUGGAGAAGCCUUGCUGCCAGUGCCUUCAGGUGAGUCAGAGGAAGGGGAGAGGAAGAAAGCACAUCCAGACAAAGUGUAGCCCAACUUGCUGCUGAAAGAAAUGGCCACUAUGGAGGAUGGAAGGGAGUCGCCAGAAGGACUCCAGGAAAAAGAAAUGAAGACGGAGAGGAUGGGUCGGUUAGGUUCCGAACUUGGACAGGGCACGUCUUCCACUGUUUUAGGCCACCAACGCAAAGGAGAGACGUUAGCUCACUUUGUGCCAAACUUAAGGGACGAGGCCCGGGAGACCAGUGACACCAACACACUGGGAAGCAUCCGAGAUGCAGAGGAAGAGGAAGACGAGGACCUCCUGAAGGCCGACGGUCCGGAAGCCCAUCGCCAGCUCUUCCGGCAGUUCUGCUUCCAAGAGGGUGAUGGUCCUCGGAGAGCUUGCCAUCGCCUCUGGGAGCUUUGCCAAGGGUGGCUGGAGCCCGAGAGGCGCACCAAGGAGCAGAUUCUGGAGCUGGUGGUCCUGGAGCAGUUCCUGGCCGUCCUGCCUUGGAGGAUCCGGCACCGGGUCCAGGAAGGCGGGCCAGAGAACUGUGCCCAGGCUGUAGCCCUGGCAGAGGGUUUCCUGCUGGAACCGACAGAGGAGCAGGUGCCAGGGACAUUCAAGGAAGAUGGCAGCAAUUCUCCCAGUGCAGAGAUGGGUCUACCAGAUGCCUGGAAGAGGAUGUCUCUCAGUUCAAUCAAACAAGAAAAUGAGGGAGAGGUCACUCUUUUUGGAGGUGACAAGAGGCUCCGCAGGGCAAAGGCAAGUCGGACAGAAAAUCCCGGGGAAGUGAAAGCCUAUGAGAUUUUUCCUGGAGAGGAUGCAUCCCACUUUGCUGAAGCAGCUUCCAAUAGCAGAAAAGGAACUGGUCCCGAGAAGGCAUGGGUUCGAAUAGGUAAGCGUGGCCUUCCGGAAAAUAAAACCACCCGUUUGGCGGACAGGCGGUAUCAGUGCACCUUCUGUGAGAAGAGCUUUAAGCACCGGUCCACGCUGACGGUCCACCAGAGAACCCAUACGGGAGAGCGGCCUUAUACUUGCUCGCAUUGCGAGAAAAGCUUCAUGCACCGGUCCAACCUUAUUGUUCACGAGAGAACCCACACGGGCGAGAAGCCCUACAAGUGCCUGGAUUGCGGGAAGAGCUUUGGCCACCGCUCCAACCUGAUUGCUCACGAGACGGUCCACGCGGCCGGGGCGCUGUACCAGUGCGUGGAGUGCGGCGAACGCUUUGAGCACCUCUCCCACCUCAACGCCCACAAGCCGGUCCACCUGGAGGAGAAGCCCCACGAAUGUACCGACUGUGGGAAGAGCUUCAAGCAGCGGUCGGCGCUCACAGACCACAAGCGCACCCACCGCGGGGAGAAGCCGCACAAGUGUUCCCAAUGUGAGAAAACCUUCAGCAAGCGGUCCGCCCUCAUCGUCCACGAGAGAAGCCACGCGGGGGGAAAGCCCUACCACUGCUCAGAUUGCGGGGAGAGCUUCAACGAUCGGUCGGUUCUUGUGGCUCACGAGAGGAUCCACGUUGGGGAGAGACUUUGCUCGCAGCUCGCUCCUUAUUACACAUAAGAGAAUCCAGAUAGACAAGAUACUUACUCCUUUUUACACAUAAGAAAUAUCUAUACAGGAGAGAAGUGCAAAUGCUUGCUCCUUAUUACAAAUAAGAGAACCCAGGCAGGAGAAAAGUAUAAAUGCUUACCUUAUAUAUACCCUAUAUACUCAUGUAUAAGUCGAGAAAUUUUAGUUAAAAAAAUCAACCCCCAAAACUUGGAUGGGUCAGUGUGAGCGUACUAUCUCAACCCUUCGUGAUGUUUUAAUAAAGUCUUAACAGUUUCAUUCAAAGAAAAGUCACACUGUCUUGCAGAUGGUACUUCAUUUGUUAACAAACAAUAGAAACAACCUACAUGUGACAUUCAUUGGCAGAACUGAGCAAUUGUGACAAUACCAGCUUCAUUAACGAUCCUGCAUGCAAAACUACCGGUCAUCAAAAACAAACAUUCAAAUUGCGUUGUCGAAGGCUUUCAUGGCUGGAAUCACUGGAUUGUUGUGAGUUUUCCAGGCUGUAUGGCCAUGUUCCAGAAGCAUUAUUUCUCAAAUCAGAACAAUAAAUAAAGAACAACAUUCAGAAAACAGAAGAAUUCCAGAUAUGAAUCAAUCAGGGCCAGCUAACACCUCCCAACAAAGGAUUCCCCCAGGCAGUAAGCAGCCAGACCGUGAAGCUGUAAGGCUAGUCAAUGCUAAUCAAGGUGGUCCGUUACGACAUUCACACUUGCCUCAAACAGACAAGAGUUCUUUCUCCCACCCUGGACCUUCCACGGGUAUAUAAACCCCACUUUCCUAGUUUUCAAUAGAUCUCACAACCUCUGAGGAUGCCUGCCAUAGAUGCAGGCGAAAUGUCAGGAAAUAAUGCUUCUAGAACAAGGCCAUAUAUCCCGGAAAACUCACAGCAACCCAAACAUCCAAAUUGUUCAUUGGUUCAUUAAUCAUGUCUGUAUCAUAAUAGGUUGAAUCUCUCAUCUGUCCUAAAAUAUAUUUUAUUGCUUACUGGAUAUCCCUAACCAAAUGUUUUAGACAAAAGGUUUCCUCUAAACCGGGCAUGGACAAACCUCGGCCCUCUGGGUGUUUUGGGUUUCAAAUCCUACAAUUCCUUUUUUUCCCCAGUUUUUUAUUUAAAUGAUUGAAAAAAUUUGAAUUUUACAUAUUCAGUACUUAAAACUUAUACAUUCUUUAACAAAUUGCAAUACAGAGUUAUGUAUAUCAUAGCUCUUAUGGUAUUUUCACUCUCUAACUAUAUUACAUACACAUAUUAUUUACCUUUUGUUACCCUUCACCUAGUGCUAUCCCUUCACCCCAGACCAGCCAAUUACAAUAUUUAUUUCCAAAAUUCCAUUGUUUCUUUUACAGGUUUUUCCCCCUUUCCUUCUACGUAUACAAACGCUAUAAAUUUUCCCCAUAUCUUCCCAAAAUCAUCCGUUUUUAAUAACCCUCUUUUAAUUUUAAUAUUACAUGUCAAUUUAUAAUUUAUCGCAAUAUCCCAAAUCUCCUUAUACCAUUCUUCCAAUUGGCACUCCUCCCUUCCUUUUGGCUAUUAACAAUCUUGCUGCUGUUACCAAGUUGGCAAUUAGUUCCUUUAACUCUUUUGAUAUUUGAAUAUUAUCCAUAAAUGCCAACAGUGCUAUUUCAGGCGUUCCUAUUAUUUCCUACAAUUCCUAAUAGCCGGUAGGCCAUGCCAUGCCUGCUCUAAACCUUGUAUGUAUCUACAUAGCCUAUACACAAUGUGUCAUGUUGACAUUUAUGGCAUGACUUCAAAUUACAGGAAAGGAGAUUCCACCUGAACAUUAGGAAAAACUUCCUCACUGUGAGAGAGAGCUGUUCAGCAGUGGAACUCUCUGCCACGGAGUUGUGGUGGAGGCUCCUUUAGAGGCUUUGAAACAGAGGCUGGAUGGCCAUCUGUCGGGGUGCCCCCAAAACGUGUCCUUGAUUUAUACAUGAAGUCAGCCUAUACAUGAGUCUAUAGGGUACUCCUUGAUAAACAUAAAGAGAUUCCACACAGGAGAGAAGCACAAAGGCUUGAUCUUUACUACUUGUGGACUUUAUUACUCCAGCCAUGAGGAAAGUGUUUGUCCGCAACAGAACUCCAUUCGUAAAAGUGCCCUGACUUUAUUCGCUUUACUGUAACAAAUCACAGCAUCGGAAAGGACAUGGUUUAGAAAGAAAAAACACAGAAGAAGAAGAAAAAACCUGAGCCAACCACUUGGCUUUGAAGAUGGGCCAUGCAACCUGGGUGAAUGUGGAACUCGUAGUGUGAAAAGUAACUUUCCCAGUGAUUAGGAGGCCAUAGCAACAUGUCUCUAAGACUUGUAUGUGUGUGUGUUUGCAUUUUUAGGGGGGAAUUUAGUGUAGGACAAAGGCUAGUAAAAGGGGAAGGCAUGGUAGAGUUGUAUAAAGUUAUGCAUGGUGUAAAAAAAGCGGGCAAGGAAAUUAUGCUUCCUUUGGUUAAUGCAGGGUGUCCCAAAAGUCACCAUACACAAGGAAAAUGAUAAAUUGUAACUAAAUGUACUUAAAUAUUACUACAGUAGAGUCUCACUUAUCCAAUAUAAACGGGCCGGCAGAAUGUUGGAUAAGCGAAUAUGUUGGAUAAUAAGGAGGGAUUAAGAAAAAUGCCUAUUAAACAUAAAAUUACGUUAUGAUUUUACAAAUUAAGCACCAAAACAUCAUGUUUUACCAGAAAUUGACAGGAAAAAGUAGUUUAAUACGCAGUAAUGUUAUGUAGUAAUUAGUGUACGAAUUUAGCACCAAAACAUCACAAUGUAUUGAAAACAUUGACUACAAAAACAUUGACUACUUAAAGGCAGACUGCGUUGGAUAAUCCAGAACGUUGGAUAAGUGAAAAAGCAGUUCAAUACACAGUAAUGUUAUGUAGUAAUUACUGUAUUUACGAAUUUAGCGCCAAAACGUUGCAACAUUUACUACAAAAACAUUGACUACUAAAAGGCAGACUGCGUUGGAUAAUAAAGAACAUUGGAUAAGUGAAGCUUGGAUAAGUGAGACUCUACUGUAUUUGUUUACACCUGUUUCCCUAUGUAUGGAGACUUUUGGGACACCCUUUAGAUCCUUAAUUGAUCCACUGUAGUGGAAUCACAGCGUACAGAGAAAGUAAAUGCUAUGUUGUCAAAGGCUUUCAUGGCCGGAAUUACUGGGUUGCUGUGAGUUUUCUGGGCUGUAUGGCCAUGUUCCAGAAGCAUUCUCUCCUGACGUUUCGCCUGCAUCUAUGGUAGGCAUCCUCAGAGAUUGUGAGGUCUGUUGGAAACUAGGCAAGUGGGGUUUAUAUAUCUGUGGAAAGUCUAGAGUGGGAGAAAUAACUCCUGUCUGUUGGAGGCAAGUGUGACUGUUGCAAUUGGCCAGCUUGAUUAGCAUCGAAUAGCUUUGCAGCUUCAAAGCCAGGCUGCUUCCUACCUGGGGGAAUCCUUUGUUGGGAGGUGUUAGCUGGACAUUCCAUAGAUAUAUAAACCCCACUUGCCUCAUUUCCAACAAACCUCACAACCUCUAAGGAUGCCUGCCAUAGAUGUGGGUGAAACGUCAGGAGAGAAUGCUGCUGAAACAUGGCCUUACAGCCCGGGAAAUUCAAAGCAACCCAAAGAAAAUGCUUUUUCACACAGUGCAUAGAUUAAACUGUGGAACUUCCUGCCUCAGGAGGCAAAGAGGGUUGCCAACAUGGAAGGCUUUCAAAGGGAAUUGGGUAGACUUGUGGUUGGGACCACCAGUGGCAAAUAGCCAUGUCAGUCACUAUGUCAGUCCCGCCUUGGUGUCCUCUGUAUAUCACUUACUCGAUUAAACUAGUCAGUGCUGUGACACCAAUGCCCUGCUUCCCAACUUUUCUGCAUGUGACUAGUUGACUGUUAAUUCUGGAUUAAGUAGGCUUCUGAACUAUUCUAGUAAAACUCUUCUUAUGACUAAAAGUGCACCUACACUGUAGAAUCAAUGCAGUUUGAUACCACUUAAACUGCCAUGUCUCAGUGUUAUAGAUUCCUGGGAGUUGUGGUUUUACAAGAUCUUUAGCCUUCUCUGGCAAAGAUUGCUGGUGCCUUGCCAAACUACAACUCCUGUGAUUCCAUAGCAUUGAGCCCUUGCACUUAAAGUGGUGUCAACAUUAAUUCUGCAGUGUCGGUGCACCCUAAAAUAUCCAAAACCAGAAUCGCUGUUUUCGUUCCUGCCUUUUUGUUGUGGACUUGCAUUUUACAGGGCAUUUCUUUGACAUAUUUAAAUCAUCAUGUGCCUGUUUUUUUUCCUUUGUGUUUUAAAACCAAUUUUGAAGUUGGUGUUUAUUUUAUAUGUGUUUAUUUGGGUAUUUGCUUUCUCCCAAAAUGGGAAUUCACAGUUUUUCAGGGAGGCAAAGUGGGUACAAACAAAAGCACAAGAGAUCACCCAUUGUCUAUCCAAUCGUCUAUCCAAUUGUGAUGUUAAAAAAAUAAAUUGGAAUGAAAACUAUUUGAAAGCACAUCAAUAAAAAGGCAUCUCAUGAGACUUUUUCAUCCGUUGGCCAGUUUCCAAAAUCUUGGCUGAGUUGAAAAGUCUGUGUCAGUUGGUUAAAGACUAAGAAGAGGAGCCAACUGAGCCUCCCUUUGGAGAAGACUUUGUGCUAUAGAAACCACCACUUAGAAGGCAUUUAAAUAUGUGUUGUUAAAGGCUUUCAUGGCUGGAAUUACUGGUUGCUGUGAGUUUUCCGGGCUGUAUGGCCUUGUUCCAGAAGCAUUCCUUCCUGACAUUUCGCCCACAUCUAUGGCAGGCAUCCUCAGAGGUUGUGAGGUCUGUCGGAAACUAGGCAAGUGGGGUUUAUAUAUCUGUGGAAAGUCCAGGGUGGGAGAAAUGUAAGUUAAUAAUUUUUAACUGAUUUAUAUUGCACUGUAUAAUUUUUAUAUAUGUGUUUUAUUGUAAGCCACCCUGAGUCCCCUGUUGGGUGAGAAGGGUGGGAUAUAAAUAUUGUAAUAAAUAAAUAAAUAAAAUAAAGAACUCUUGUCUGUUUGAGGCAAGUGUGAAUGUUGCAAUUGGGCACCUUGAUUAGCAUCGGAUAGCCUUGCAGCUUCAAAGCCUGGCUGCUUCCUGCCUGGGGGAAUCCUUUGUUGGGAGGUAUUAGCUGGCCCUGAUUGAAUCAUGUCUGGAAUUCCCUUGUUUUCUGAAUGUUGUUCUUUAUUUGUUGUUCUGGUUUUAGAGGUUUUUAAUACUGGUAGCCAGAUUUUGUUCAUUUUCAUGGUUUCCUCCUUUCUGUUGAAAUUGUCCACAUACUUGUAGACUUCAGUGCCUUCUCUGUCUAGUCUGACAUGGUGGUUGUGAGCGUGGUCCAGCAUUUCUGUGUUCUCAAAUAAUAUGCUGUGUCCAGGUUGGUUCAUCAAGUGCUCUGCUAUGGCUGACUUUUCAGAUUGAAUUAGUUUGCAGUGCCUUUGAAAACACAGAAAUGUUGGAUCAACAGACCUCACCACCUCUGAGGAUGCCUGCUAUAGAUGUGGGUGAAACAUCAGGAGAAAAUGCUUCUGGAUCACGGCCAGACAGCCCAGAAAACUCUCAGCAACCCAGACAUUGAAAUACCUUUUAAAUCUUUUUUUUUUUUUAAAAAUUACACAACAGUACAAAUGAAAUGCAAAUUUUAGAGCAGAUUUUUGGAAUAAGAUGAAAGAAAACAGAUGCAUAGGAUUGUGGCAUAUCUUCCAACUGUUCAGAUUUGGCAAGGGCAGUCUUUAUUAAUCCUCUAUCGUCCCACUUUUUCAGCUACUUUUAGAAAUGUCAUCUCACGUCCCAGUUUCUUUCUCCUCCUGCUUUCCCCUUUUGUCCACAGUUUAUCUCUUUUACAGCAAACCAAUUUCAAGCUAAUUUGAACUUAAGUUUUCUCGACCAGGAGGAGCAGAGAGGAGGGAAGACUCGUGCCCUUCUCAAAUGGGUUCGUGUAAAACCAAACUGCUGCACCCUUUCCCAAUGUGUGUCUUCUGCCUUGCUGUUAACCUUUUGCCAUCUUGAUCACAUUCAGGUCUUAAUGAAAUAAAAUACUUUUUCGAUCACA